AUGAAAAGAUCAGAAUAUGAGGGCAAGGCUCUUGAUCGGAUUGAUGAACGAAAAAUACGAAAAAUAUAUUCAACUGCACCAACAUCCUACCCAAUCUUUUCGGCUUUGGAAACUCAACAAGAUGAUAUAGUUAUUCUGAAAUUAUUUGAUUUUAAUUAUGCCUUUUCAUCAUCAACAAUGAAUGGGAGCUCCGAUGAAGCGGAGGACUUUGUUAAUUAUUUAUGUAAAAAGUUGACUCAGAAAAUGCGAGCACGGGAGAGGCUUGUCAAACCUUUUUCAAUGAAUUUUGAGCUUGCUCAUGUAUUUUCGCACACAACAAAGGAUCACACAAUCGACACCCCUUGCGAUGUUAAAAUCUCGUACAUACAUGGAUAUAUUCUUACCACUGCAGAUGACAUUCAUGUUUUUGAUUUAUACACCAAAAAAUUCAUUACUACUUUCUCAAUACCUGACUGUGAAUUAUUGUAUAUGAGCAUUGAAGAAAAUUUUGAUGGAAACAACAAUGACGCCUUGUUUUUUGAUUGUUAUGGCCAUAAUUGCGUCUUUAAAUAUGAUUUGAAGAGACUCAUUGGUAAAGCCAUUAAAAAAGAGUCUCAUUCAUGUGAUUUUAUAUGGAAAUCUGAAACGAUCAAACAACCGAGAGGAAUGGCUCUUUGGAAAGACUGUUUGCAUUUUGAGGAAAAUUUGUUGUUUGUCUGCGAUGAGCAAGAUAAUGGAAGCAUUCUUAUUUUAAAAUCGUCAACAGGGCAAACUAUUCAAACUAUUACCUCUCUUGACAGUCCAUAUGGACUUACUUUUGAUGACAUUGGAAAAGAAUUGUUCGUCAGCAUGUUGACAAGUAUUGAGGUUUUUCGAAAAGACAACAAAAAUCAAUCCUGGGUUUUUGAUCGACUACUCCAUCCAGAAACAGAUGAAGUUUACUCCCAAGGAUUGAUUUAUGACAAGGUAUCUAGGACCCUAAUUUCUUGUGACGACGAAACCAAUAGAAUCCAAAUUUUUCAACCCAAAAAUGGAAGUAUUAUUAAGGAAUUCAACGGUGAUAUAUUUUUUCCAGAUAGUUUAUGCUUAAAUGAAAUGACAGGCGAGUUGUACGUGUGUCAGGAUGACGGUGUUAAAAUUUUCAGAUAA